CCGAUGCUCGUGACGUAUUUAGUUCGCGACGCAACCAUCAGAGCUCAAACAAACCAGGGCAGAAACGUCAAUUUUAACUGCAUAAUAAGUCUUUAUUGUUUUCUGAAGUCUUUAUUUUUAAUAAUCAAUAUUCAAUUGGCCGGCAUUUAAUCUUUAAAGAUGUCAUUGGCAGACGAGCUUCUGGCUGACCUGGAGGAGGCUGGAGAUGAAGGAGAGGACGGGUUGUAUCCAGAGGACGAAGAAGGAGAAAGUGAUGGAGAGGGGCCCCAGGGAAGGGCGGAGGGAGGGCUGGAAGACAUUCCAGAGGAGAUGGAAGUGGACUACAGUAAAGCUGAGAGUGUUGCAUCCAUCGCUAAGCUCCGCAACAGCAAACAGUUUUCAGAGAUCAUGGACAAAAUCUCAGAAUAUAUAGGAAAGCAACGUAAAAACUCAGAUG